CCGGGACCGCUGCGCGUCUAGUGGGGACCGCCAGGUGGGGAGGAGACGGGACACCAGUGGUAGAGACUGAACCCAGGGCCUUGUGAAUGCUAGGCAAACAUUUUACCACUGAGUUGCACCCCAUCCUUCCAAGUCUGCUUUGAAGGAGAACUAUGCCAUUUCUGGGUCAGGACUGGAGAUCUCCUGGAUGGAGCUGGAUUAAAACUGAGGAUGGUUGGAAAAGAUGUGACUCCUGUAGCCAGGAGCUUGGAAAGAAGAACAGUCAGUGCACCAUUGAUCACAGCAUUAUCUUAAAGAGUGGAGAAGAAAUAUUCAAUAAUGAAGAGUGUGAAUACGCAUCCAAAAAAAGGAAAAAGGACCAUUUUGGAAAUGAUACAAAUGCUCAAAGUUUUUACCGUGAAAAAUGGAUCUAUGUCCAUAAAGAAAGCACAAAAGAAAGGCAUGGCUAUUGUACCUUGGGAGAAGCCUUCAACCGGCUAGACUUCUCCAGUGCCAUUCAGGAUAUACGACGGUUCACUUACGUGGUCAAACUACUUCAGCUCAUUGCAAAAUCCCAGUUAACUUCACUGAGUGGCGUGGCACAGAAGAAUUACUUCAACAUUUUGGAUAAAAUCGUCCAAAAGGUUCUUGAUGAUCACCAGAAUCCUCGCCUAAUCAAAGACCUUCUCCACGACCUGAGCUCCACCCUCUGCACCCUUGUCAGAGGGGUAGGAAAAUCCGUGUUAGUGGGGAACAUCAAUAUUUGGAUUUGCCGCUUAGAAACUGUUCUCAACUGGCAACAACAGCUACAGAAUCUCCAGAUGACCAAGCAGGUGAACACUGGCCUCACGCUCAGUGAUCUGCCUUUGCACAUGCUGAACAACAUUCUCUACCGCUUCUCUGAUGGCUGGGACAUCAUCACCCUGGGCCAGGUGACACCCACCCUGUACAUGCUCAGUGAGGACAGACGGUUGUGGAAGAAGCUGUGUCAGUACCACUUUGCCGAGAAACAGUUUUGCAGACAUUUGAUUCUUUCAGAAAAGGGUCAUAUCGAAUGGAAGCUGAUGUAUUUUACACUUCAGAAAUAUUACCCAACUAAAGAGCAGUAUGGAGACACUUUGCAUUUCUGUCGGCACUGCAGCAUUCUCUUUUGGAAGGACUACCAUCUUGCUUGGUUGUUCAAGGACUCAGGACACCCGUGCACUGCAGCCGACCCUGACAGCUGCUUCACACCCGUGUCCCCGCAGCACUUCAUCGACCUCUUCAAGUUUUAAUGGCCACCCUCAGCCCUGCUGUCCCUGUCCAAGGUUGUACCUUGUGCUUUCUGUGCAUAGCUGGUAGGAAAUGUUCUCUGUGACAAAGAGAUGAUGGUCAGUGAUUGGAAGCAUCUCUGAAGCCUGUAUAUCCAGAAAAACCCCAAAAGAACUUGGAAAACAUCCCUCGUGGUGGCUGUGCAGUAGGAAUGCACUGUGGCACAUUUCCAUCCUCGAAGGAGUGGAGGCCCAACAGAACAUUUAUACUUUUAGAAAACUUUUCUUCUAAGCAUAUCAAAAUUUUCAAUUUUGUAUAACUAUGGAUCAAAAAAGAUCUGGGUUUUCAGCCCCACAUUCUGUGUUGAAGUGACAUGAACAACCAGGAAUAGUUUCUUAGUUGUCAAAUUCUAGUUUCCCACUCUACAGCAAUUGGUGUGGAAGACUAAACAAUUGAUCCUUGUAAAUAUAUUGUGCAAAAUAUUUUUUUUUCUUAAAAUGUAUUUUCACAGCUCCAUUGGCCAUGUGCAAAUGAGUCCUUUUCAACUGAAGACAAACAGGGACAUGCUCAACAUGCUCCAUUUGCUGUUGUCAACAGGGCUGUGACCCACGUACACUGUCCAUAGCCAAGCAGUGGCCACGCUGUGCUCCUCCUGGGAGCCCCACUAUGGGGCCAGCUAGUGUCCACACUGGGGCUGUAGGGCCCAGACCAGGGUGGAGACUGCUAAGGAAUCAGGAACAGCACAGUGAGACCUAGACUUGGUAUGUGUAGGAAAAGUAAUAAACCAUGUUUAUCUACUAAUUAAGCUUUGUCAGGUUUGAGUCUUAAUGAAAAAUGUGGUGUUAAGUCUUCAAAAGACUUAUUUUUAAUGCAUGUCCAUUUUAGAAAAAUUUGAAAAUAAAGGUAUAUAAAAACAUUGAAAUCACCCAUAAUUCUAUCACACAAAGAUAAUGUGCUUGCUAAAAAAAAAAUGAAAAAUUGUCCCUCAGCCACCAUAGUGUAGAAACGUACUUCUGUAUAUGUACAUCUUUAGCUAGGUGGGAGACCCAAACUAAUCAUUUCUUUAAAACUUUUCUUCUAAGCAUAUUAAAAUUUGUAGCUGCAUAUUUAUAAAUACAUAUCAAAAAAUAUUUUGGACUU